GCCGGCCGGCCGGCCCCGGGCAUGGCCAGCGCGCAGCAGGGCGAGAAGCAGCUUUUCGAGAAGUUCUGGCGAGGCACCUUCAAAGCCGUGGCCACGCCGAGACCCGAGAGCGUCAUCGUCGCCAGCAUCACCGCCCGCAAGCCGCCGCCGAGCAGCGAGACACCGAGCUGCCUGUCAUGCCCAACGGAGGAGAGACACUUGGAAAAGCCGAGUGGAACCGCAGCUCAGGAAGCCUCCAGCACCAAUGGCUGUGUGAAAGAAAAGGACAGCAGACAGUACGCCCAUCACAGAUCCCGCAGCCCCUCACACGAUGAGGAGUACACGCCACCACCCCCAUCCCGGGGGAAGAAAAAGAAAAAGAAAUCCACACGUAAGAAGAGGAGGAGGUCUCCAUCGUAUAGCCCCUCGCCUGUGAAGAAGAAGAAGAAGAAGAAAAGCUCAAAGAAACGAAAAAGAAACAGGUUAUCUUCAAAGAAGAGAAGACACAGUUCCUCAAGCCCAAAAAGUAAAAGAAAGGAAGAAAGAAAACGCAAAAAACAAUCUCGUAGCCGGCCACGAAAAUCCCACCGCCACCGCCGCUACCACUCUCGCUCGGAGAGCUCCGAUUCCCUCUCCUCUAGCUGCCAAAGCAGGCACAGAGCCAGGUCUCGGGAGGAAGGCCACAAAGCAAGACGAAGAUGCUCCCAGCACUGUUCAAAGAGCACUGAGAAGCGAAGCAUCUCUGCAGAGGGUCAGGCCAGCCAUUCCCCCCGCCAAACCCUUCAGAGCUACAGCUUCCUCUCAGCUAAGGAAGUAAUCUCAAAGUCAGGGUCAUCUGCUGACCUCUUUACCAAAACAGACAGCCCGCUUGGCAACCUAGCCAGUCGGAAUGGAGGGGCUCAUGAAUCUGACUCAGGAAACGAUACUUCCUCCCCUCCCUCCACUCAGACAAGCUCAGCCAGGCCAAAGGACAGCCAGGAGCAAAGAAGCCUAGCCCACAAUGGCUUUGGCCAUGCCUUCUCACCUGGGAAGCCCAAAAUGACCAACAGUGAUAACAGCUCUGAUUCGGGAAAUUCCUUCACCAGUUGCUUUUCCCAGAGCAAGGGAACAACUUUGGAAAAUCUCUCUCCAGAUGCCCAGGGACAGGACCAAAGAAGUUUCCUGCCCCCGUGUCUCACGUGCUCGGAGAUGAAGAAGCAGACCCACCUACAUUCCCCAGACCGCAGCUCCCCACUGAGACCAUGCUCCCGCAGAGAGUCGUACACCAGCACAGGGCAGUCCUCCCGUGGCUCCAGUCGCUCCGCCCACUCCCGCUCAUUGCAUCAUCAGGCCACGCCCAGGUACUCCCGAAGCAGAUCCUACUCCUCAGGGAAAAGGUCCUAUUCAUUUUCCCCCAGCUACUCAUCCAAGUCCUGUAAAAGAAGCCCUGGAAGCAGGAACUCAAGAUCACGUCGUAGCCCCAGUUAUUCCCGCUACAGCCCCAGCAGGGACCGCGCGAGAGAGCACACAUAUGGCUCCAGCGAGAAGGAGUCCCAGAGGGAGCGGAACAGGCGGCGGCGGAGGUCCUACUCGCCCAUGAGGAAACGCAGGAGAGAUUCUCCCAGCCACCUGGAAGCUCGCCGCAUCACGAGUGCCCGGAAACGCCCCAUCCCAUACUACAGGCCCAGUCCUUCCUCCUCCAGCAGCGUCAGCAGCUGUUCCUCCUGGUACAGUAGCAUCAGCCGCUCUCCUGGCCGCAGCCGCAGCUACUCCAGCGACAGGAGCAGCCGGAGCAGAAGCUGGAGCAGCAGCAGUGACAGCGGCCGAAGCCGGAGCCGGAGUUCGGGCCCAAGGAGCAGCCACAGCAGGAGCAGGAGUUACGACUCUGCGGACAGCUAUGACAGCCUGCGACGCUAGGGCGUCCCCCUCCCUGCCACCUGCAUGGGGGUUGUCUCUUUCAAUUCCUCUCUCCUCCAGCCUCCCCGGGGAGAGCUUAUUCGUUCAUGUUUCUGUUGUGGCAUCCACCAGCGCCCUGUUGUGCUGGGCACUGCACACAUAGAGGCAGCCCCAGAGAACACGUGGGCAGAGAGGGAGGGUCCGUGCAUUGCAGCGGCUGUGUUGAUUAUAAACCAGCCUCCCCCACCCAUUCCUUGCCUAUCUCCAGGGAAGCAUUUCCUAGGGGCUAAUCCAGGGAGUGAGUUUAGUUCCUUGCUUUUCCCUGGCCAGCAGGCAGCAAGCACCGAUUGUUUGGUUGGGGGAGAGGGAAAUAAUGUAAAGGAAACUCUCUUCAAGGCUUUUGGGCCAGGCAGGAAGUCUGGCCCUGCUUCUAUUGAGGUCAAUGGCAAAGCUUCCCUUAACUCCAGGGUGGAGCCCCCCAAGUGCUGCAGUGUGGCCUCUCCCCUCCGAAGGGAAAAACCAGAGGCUUCUGCAGGAUCACUUCACCUUCCUUGGAGGUGGCUUUCCCACUGUGCCCCUCCCCCGGGGAAGAAUAUUCAGUCCCCAGGGAU